AUGGGCUCAGUCGAUAUUGUUGGACCUCUGUUUCAGCCCCUACGCUUGGGUGCGGUGUCCCUAAGCCAUCGAGUUAUCCAGGCUCCAUGCACUCGGAUGCGAUCGACGAAGGAGUCCGACGGCGUGUUCGUUCCCAAUGAACUGAAUGUUGAAUACUAUUCACAGCGAGCCUCACCCGGAGGUCUCAUGCUGACCGAGGCAACUCCGAUUAGUCGACUUGCUGCUGGAUAUCCAGGUGUCCCCGGUAUUUUCACGGCCUCACAGAUCGCCGGCUGGAAGAAUGUCACAGAUGCGGUGCAUGCCAAAGGCGCCUACAUAUAUUGUCAAUUAUGGCAUGUUGGUCGGGCGACAGUGCCGUCAUUCAUCGAAGGAAACCAGGCCCUGAGUGCCAGUGACAUUCCCAUUAGCGGAAAGGCAUUGGACGGUAGCGAGUAUGCUGCGACGCCGCCGCGACCCAUGAGUGUGGAGGAGAUCCAAGAGACUGUGAAUGAAUAUGCCGCUGCCUCCAGAAGAGCCAUUGAAGCCGGGUUUGAUGGGGUUGAAAUUCAUGCCGCAAAUGGAUACCUCCUGGACCAGUUCCUACACGACAAUGUGAAUAAUCGGACAGACGACUAUGGCGGCUCUAUCGAGAAGCGGUCCCGUAUUGUUCUCGAAGUACUCAAAGCAGCCUCCGCGGCCAUUGGGGCGGACCGUAUCGGAAUUCGUCUCUCGCCAUAUAACUACUUCCAGGAUACUCGAGACUCAAACCCGAAUGUCCACUGGCUCUCGCUCUGCUCGCAAAUUGCCAGCCUCCCCACGGAAUCGCGACCCGCAUACGUGCACAUGGUUGAGCCUCGCUUUGACGAGGUGCUGGACGAAAACGCCAAAAUCGAUUCGCUUGCGUUGGAGAGACCGUCCUUGGAUGUGUUCCGACCAGCACUCAAGAAGGGCGGCAUCGCAUUCCUGGCCGCGGGGAGUUUCAACCCUCAGAAUGCGGGACCGAAGUUGAUUGAUGACGGAGCCGACGCCGUGUCUUCGGCCGCUGGUUCAUCUCGAACCCUGAUCUGCCUCGACGGUUGA